AGCAGCAAACGGAGAACAGGACCGAACAAGCUGCGAGCUGAAGGCAGUGCGGGGACACGGAGGGGGUUUGAGGGACAGGGACGGGGGUUUCGUUGGAAGGACUUAGCCGCUUGGAGCCCUUGUGGCUGGCCGGCACCAUUUGUGCUUCAUCAGUCCUACUUCUCCUGCACUGUGCUCCGUGCUUUGUGGCCUUAUGGAACCAGAGAGCCCACCUUGGGUUGCUGUUUCGUCCUUUGGAAGACUCAAGCUGUACAUGCUCUUGCUCCUCUUUCAAUACUUUGUGCCAUUUGCGUUAAGUUCAGGUUUAGUGUGUCCUCCACCCCCAGAACCUGAGAAUGGGGGUUUUUUGUGUCAUCCUCCGCACUGUGAACAGCCUCUAACGUCCGGUAGUGUGAUCGAAUACUUCUGUGCAGAAGGCUACAUGCUAAAGGGGGACUACAAAUUCUUAACCUGCAAGAGUGGAGUGUGGAGCCCACCAAUGGGGAUCAGCUGCAGACUUAAUCAAGAUACAAAUACUCAUUCCAGCCUCGGUGUCCCAACUCUCUCCAUCGUUGCCUCUACUGCCAGUUCUGUGGCCUUGAUCUUGCUACUUAUUGUUCUGUUUGUACUGCUACAGCCCAAGCUCAAGUCUUUCCAUCACAGUAGACGUGAAGCAUCUGUGCCUGGAGAACAGGUCUCCAUUAUGGUUGACGGUGUACAGGUUGCUCUUCCUUCUUAUGAAGAAGCAGUUUAUGGCAGUGCAGGUAACUGCAUCCCAACUGCCAGUUCUCGUGUACAGAUUGUGCUGUCAGAGGGGCCAAGUGAAGAACAGGAUAUUCAACAAGCAGCUUGCAGCUCCAGCACUACAGGCCAAAAUUUGAUAGGCUCGGGCACUAUAGGUCAUGGGCAUGCCAGUCAGAGCUCUGCUGGCAGUUCACAGCACUCAGAAACUGUGCUAGUCCAUCAGGCUUCUUCUUCUUCUCAAUGGGUGCUUGCAGCAGAAAGUCACACUCUAUCAAGGGAAGGUGCAGACUCUGAAAACAGCGAUGUGCACAGCCUGCUGUCCCUGUCUUCUGAAGAAUAUACUGAUGAUAUUCCUCUUCUUAAAGAAGCCUGAACACCAUGGACUCCUUGCUACACCCUGCAGGAUUUCCUCAUCUUCCUGUUCUGCACUCCUAUUUCAGCAGCUGUUCCUGACCGUGCUCUGCCUUCUCUCCAGUCUUCAUAAAGGGCAGACAAUCCGAGCUCCAAGGAAAGUGCACCAUGGAGCCAACAGUUUGAGGGCUGCUUGCAGAUGUGUAAAAAAAACCAUUUUGUGUGCGUCGUAGACUAUAUAAAGUUGUAAAUGUCCUAAGGCAGGCCAAAUCUAACGUUGCCUGGCACUUAUUCCUUUGAAAUUGUUGCUUUUGGCUGGCCCAGCACAUCUGUAAUUCAGCUCCCGACAUCAUUCUCUUUCAUUAUACAAGUUCUCUCUGUGAGCAACAUGAUUACUAACAGUAGUCCUCUGUUUGGGUUAGUUGCUUCCUUCAUUGUUAUUUCCCCAUUCAAAUCAACUAUUUCUUCUAUUACGAUCUGAGAAUGAGGGCACCAUCAUUGUUCUUAGCAUGCAUAUCUCCACAGCUCUUAAGUUUUCACUUUUUUUCUGAUUGCAUGUUGGCAUUCUGAGCUUGCUGAAGUUAUACACCAUGUGUUUUAUUUCUUGGUUAAUAAGGCAAAAUAAUUAACAUUGCAGCCAAGGGGUUGUAAUGCUCUGUGGACCUCCAUUCUUAAAGCCUUUUGUCCUUUCUUAUAAAACCUGAACAAAGGAUUAGAGAUGCACUGCAGAAAUAGUGUCAUACUCAGAGUUCUUUAGUUUCCCACAAAUCUCGCUGCAUAUUGACUCUGUGAGUGAGUCUGUUAGUGCAUGGAUUUGUAUAUUCUUGGGGAAACUAAACACAUCCAAUCUGCUGAUGCUGCUAAUAGAAACUUGAAAUCUCAUGGAAGGAAGGAGGCAAUCUCUUUCCUGUGUUAGGUGUGAAAUGGAAUGCAAAUGCUUAUGUAUGCUUUAUAUGACAAUAUUUAUAAAUCUCUAUAUGUAUGUGAACCUGUAGAACGUUGUGGUCUGUAUUUCCAGCCCUCCUUUUGGUACUUAUGUGUUAAGGCAGGAAAGAGACUCUAAUCCAAAUAAUUACUGAUCCUGAAUGAUGUCAUCUGAAAGAAAGAGGAAAUGCAGGUCCCUCUAUCAUGUAUAACACAGAAUGGUAUACAGGGGUGGGGGGAUAUAGGAGGAUGUGGUAGGCAUAGUAAAAGAGAGACAGACAUUGUUGAGCAAUCGUGAGGAUAGAGUUACGACCUGACAAUUUGUGACAGAAUUCAUCAGGAGAGUAGGAGAAAUUCAGGGCAGUAGUGUAGGGUCUGACAGGAGAGAAACAGAGACAUGCAGUUCAUAGGGAAUAGUGCAAGGUAUUCCAAAUAAGUAUUGGGGAGAAGGGCAUAGCUGCUGGAGGUUUGGAGGAGAUGCACAGGGCUUGCUACAAAAGAGACCUCACAAAAAAUGGUAGUGCCCUGCAGGAGAGGACUGGGAGAGGGUAUACAGGGGUACAGGAGAGAAUCCAGGGAAAGGAACAAUGCCUGCCUGCCAAGAGAGGAAGAAGGGAGAGGAGCAAUACUUGCCAGUAGAAGGAGGAAAGACCUAGAAGAGACUCAUCUAGGGAGGGACCAAGAUGAUUGCAGGGCUUACUAUGGGAUUGAGGUGCCAAGAAAAUUGACACAGUAUGUCCCCUGAGCAGGAGUAUAUUGCAGUGAGAAAGAACACAAACGGUGGGCUGGAAAUGCUAGAACUAAAUGGGAGUGUGAGAAAAGGGAGAAGUAAUGGAGAAAAUAGGACUUGUGUAUGCCAUUGUGUGUAUAUUAGAAAUUAUUUUUUAUUAUAGUAGAGGAUGUUACUGUGUGAGCCAGUAAAUCAGAUACAGAAACAAACUUGCUUUAGAAAAUUACAGAGAUGGUAUGUAUGUUAUACCAAUGGAGUACUAAGCAAGUAUGGCUCAUUCUCCAAUUAAGGGUGACUAAGGAAGCUUGGUAUGUACUCAAUUACAUUCAGCGUUAAAUGUAUAAUUUCUGCCAUUUCUCUCUUAAGUUUGUUCCUCUGUCUGUUCUGUAUCCCCUAAACAAAGGUGAAACGCCUACAUUUGCAUUAGCAACCCACAUAUGUGUUAGGCAUAUUGGUGUAUGUAUGACUGUAGUUACACACAGACUGUUCUACAUAAGUGACAGCUAAAGCUUAAGGCUACAUUACGAAAUUCAAGUGCAAUACAUCUAAGCAGCAAAGGUAAUUGCACCCAUCCAUGUGCUUAAUGCCUUGUGCUGAGCGCCAGUGAACUGCACUCUGAGUACAGGGGAUCCCGGAAUGAAUAACUACCUUGAGUAGGUAGUGCUGACUUUCAUGGUUCCCCUGGCGUGUAGCAGCUACACAUGCAGUGGACUGGUGUCUAUGUAAUAACAUAACAUGACAUGUGCAUUGGAGCAGCAGAAGGGACGGCAUUUACAUGCACAGUGAAAUUUGAAUUUGUGCCUGGAUCUGUAGACCACAAGUAAGUUGUGGAGCAUGCUAUUAAGCAGGUAAAAAUAUGCUUUUUGUGCUUUGCACAUUGCACUUGUAUUUAUUAAUGAGCCUUAAUGUAUAAAAGGUGCAGGUUGCCAUUUAUUGGAUUCUCUUUUUUUGAGCUCUAACUUCACCUGUCAAAAGGCCCUAGAUUCUGAUGUGCAAUAUUUUCACUAGCAUUAUAUGAGGCUGUCUGCCUGAACUGUGUCGCUGCUCACCAAUUUGUACGUGUAAAUACCUGUUUGCAGGAUCUCUAACAGAGGCUUUUUGCUUUCUUUUUUUUCUUUGAUUCUUAAACCCCUCCCUCUCGUGUAUUUGGGGGAAGUGAAUUUAAAUCCCUUGCCCAGAGGUAUCCGGCUUAUUGUAUGAGCUGUACACUCAUGCUUGCGAUAUCCCAGGACAUAUACAGCCUUGUGGUAACCUGCCUGUUACCUGACUGUAACAUUGAGCAUUGCAGGCUGCACAUGACCUAUAGUGCACGCUGCAUGCCGUGUGUCUGUCUGUGUGGCUGCAAUUCCCUACAGUGUCAAUGACCCAACGUAAAUCACACCCUGGCAUUGCUGUGGGGCUGAUCAUAGUAUUUUAAUAUUUGUACAAAGUAAUUUAAUUGUAAUUGUUCUAUGUAUAUAACUGCAUUUCUAAAUAAGAAUAAUUAAAUCUUUUUUUGAAGUGA